UUCCAACAAACCGGUUCGGUUUAACACUAUUAAUUUCUCGACCUCGCUCCUAUCUUCUCCUCUCAUUCGUCAAUCCAGAGACUAGGGUUUUCUUCCCGCCGAAACCUCACCGGAAAUUCUCUCCGGCAUCUCCUAAUUCGUCAAUCGGAGAAUGGAUACAUCAAGUCCUGCUGCUUUUGUGAAUGGAGCUUUGUUGAGAAGGUACAUUGGUCAGAAAGUGAGAGCAGUGAUUCAAGUUAUCAGAUCAGAUGUUGGAUCAGUGAUUGGUAAAUCGACUGAUGAUCAACAGAUUGUUGUUAAAGGUUCUCCUCAACCGCCUUUAACUACUUACCUUGAGGUAAUUGGAAUUGCUGAGACUGACAACACUAUUCGUGCUGAAGUUUGGACCAACUUUGGUGAUAGUUUCGAUGUGCAAAACUACAAUGAGCUAUGUAAGCUUGCAAAUGGUGAGUUUAGACACUUGUUCAUCUAAAUCACAGGGUAUUGGUGAUGAAUGUGGAAAGCUUUUUUCUUGGAGAUUCUUUGGGUUGGAGCUAUUGAUAUGCCUGGUUGAUCUUUAGUAUUGAAAUUCUUCUGUUUCAUGUUAGUUUCACGGUUUCUAGUAUUUAUCUUAUGGUCUUUGAAAUCUGUAUGAAAACUCUUCUGUGUCAUAUUAGAAUUAAGGUAAACUGUGUUAGUCGAUCUUACUAUGAAUCUUAUGUUUCUUGUUUUGUGUUUUGGUUCUCUUUGCUUUUCUUUUGAUUCCAUCACAUUGGAUCCUAGCUUGUAAAUGGUAUAAAACUAUAUAAAAUCCCUAAAAA